UUAGAGCCAUGGCGGCCCCGGAGCCGGCGCCCAGGCGGGGCCGGGAGCGGGAACGGGAGGACGAGAGCGAGGACGAGAGCGACAUCCUGGAGGAGAGCCCGUGUGGCCGCUGGCAGAAGCGGCGGGAGCAGGUGAACCAGGGGAACAUGCCCGGGGUCCAGAGCACCUUCCUUGCCAUGGACACGGAGGAGGGCGUGGAGGUGGUGUGGAACGAGCUGCACUUUGGCGACAGGAAGGCCUUCUCGGCCCACGAGGAGACGAUCCAGACCAUGUUUGAGCAGCUGGCAUUGCUCGACCACCCCAACAUCGUCAAGCUGCACAAGUACUGGCUCGAUGCCUCGGAGACUCGCGCGCGGGUCAUCUUCAUCACAGAGUACGUGUCCUCGGGCAGCCUCAAGCAGUUCCUCAAAAAGACCAAGAAGAACCACAAGGCCAUGAACGCCCGGGCCUGGAAGCGCUGGUGCACGCAGAUCCUGUCCGCGCUCAGCUUUCUGCACGCCUGCAGUCCCCCCAUCAUCCACGGGAACCUGACGAGUGACACUAUCUUCAUACAGCACCACUCUUUCUCCCGUCUGGCCGGCGCAGUGUGGCACCGCAUCUUCUCCAAUGCGCUCCCGGAUGACCUGCGAAGCCCCAUCCGCGCCGAGCGCGAGGAACCGCGGAACCUGCACUUCUUCCCGCCAGAAUAUGGUGAGGUUGCCGAUGGCACCGCUGUGGACAUUUUCUCCUUCGGGAUGUGUGCACUGGAGAUGGCCGUUCUGGAGAUCCAGGCCAAUGGAGACACCAGGGUCACAGAGGAGGCCAUUGCUCGUGCCAGGCACUCGCUGAGCGACCCCAACAUGCGGGAGUUCAUCCUCUGCUGCCUGGCCCGCGACCCUGCCCGCCGGCCCUCCGCCCACAGCCUGCUCUUCCACCGCGUGCUCUUCGAGGUUCACUCGCUGAAGCUCCUGGCGGCUCAUUGCUUCAUCCAGCACCAGUACCUCAUGCCUGAGAACGUGGUGGAGGAGAAGACCAAGUCGACGGACCCGCACGCGGUCCUGGCCGAGAUCCCCCGGCCCUCCCGGCCCCCGCUGCAGUGGAGGUACUCAGAGGUCUCGUGCUUGGAGUUGGACAAAUUCCUGGAAGAUGUCAGAAACGGGAUAUACCCACUGAUGAACUUCGCUGCUGCUCGGCCUUUGGGGCUGCCCCGCGUGCUGGCCCCACCUCCAGAGGAGGCCCAGAAGGCCAAGACCCCAACGCCAGAACCUUUUGACUCAGAGACCAGAAAGGUGAUCCAGAUGCAGUGUAGCCUGGAGAGAAGUGAGGACAAGGCGCGCUGGCACGUGAGCCGGGCCCCGGGCCGGGGGGCGGGGCCUGGGUGGGGACCCUGGGCUGGGCUGGCCAGGCAGCGGUGGCCUCACGCCUCGCCCCACGCCCCUGCCCGUGUCCCCGCCGCAGCUGACAGCGCGCAGGACCUCGCAGCUGAGCUGGUGCACUACGGCUUCGUCCACGAGGAAGACCGGGCCAAGCUGGCCACCUUCUUGGACAGUGCCCUCCUCAAGCACCGUGGGGCUCAUAAGUGUCAGGGACCAGGGCCUGCCCUCCGCCUGCCGGCCUGGAGGCCAAGAAUCAAACGCCUGCCAGUGAGGAACCUCUGCCCUGCACAGCUGCCAAGAGUCCCUGGGGGUGAGGGUGGUGGGCUGGGCCCACAAGGGCGGGGGAGCCAUCCCGGGGUGGGUGGGGGGCUGGUCAGGCCCCACUUGUAACUCACCGGUCCUCCCCGUAUCCUCCGUCUCCUGGCCGAGAGUCCCGGCCCACACCAGGUCGUCUGGUCAGUGGCUGAGCCCUGCGCACGGGGGCGGCCACCCUGUAGGGAGCCACAGCUGGGGGAGUCAGCCCUGGACAGAUGGACAGACAUCUGCUGAGGGCAGUGCCCCACCCUGGGUGGUACCCAGACACAAACAGGGAGCCCCCGCCUCCAGGCGAUGGUGAAACACCUGUAGGUGUCAGACACGGUGCUGGGCGCUGGGCAGGGCCAGGACCUGAUGGGAGAAACAGACAGCAGGACGCUCCAAGAAGGCCCUGUCGCCGGCACCACGUGGCUCUGCACCCCGUCCAGUGUCCAGCACACUUGUCCCGGAGGCCCGCUCCAGCUGCGCUUCUCUGAAGCCAGCACCCGCCUCCUCCCCAGAGGCUCCCCUGGCCCCCGCAGCCCCUCCAAAGGGCUCUUUUCUCUCCGCAUUCCCUGGAGGGCUGGGGUCACGCGUCCUCCCUGCUCCUCCCAAGCUUACCACCCACCCCAGUGACCUUCGCCUCCUCUGAGGGCAGACCCCCCACCGCGGGUCCUGAGGACAGCGGCUCCCAGCUCCCAGUCUCCCCCGCUCAACUCCCUCCUGCCCCCCACCCUCUGUUGCCCUGUCCUCGAUUCUCUUGGAUCCCUUCCAUUUUCAAAUUUAAAUAUUCUUAAACAUUUUAGAUUGCAUGUAUAAAUUUAGUGCAUUCAGGGCUCUUUUAAAGCAUUUUAAAUGCCAAACCGAGAAAGCUCACCACUGUAUUAAUUCUCUGUUGCUGCUAUAAGAAUUAACCACAAACGUAGUGGCUUAAAACAACAUAGAUUUAUUCUAGUUCUGUAGAUCAGAAGUCUGGCACAGGUCUCAGCAGACCGAAAUCCAGGCGUUAGCCAGGCUGCAUUCCUUUCUGCAGGUUCUAGGGGAGAGUCUCCUUCCUGCUCUGCCGGGCUGGUUGUUGACUUGCAGGUGUCAGCUGCUGCGCUCCGCACUGGGCAGAGAUCCAUUUCCUUGCAGGGGUAGGGCCAAGGUCCCCAGUUACUCGCCUGUGGUAAUCUGAAGGCCCUUCUCAGCUUCUAGGGGCUGCCACAUUCCUUGGCUCAUGGCCCUGUCCUCCAUCUUUAAAGCCAGCAACGGCGGGUGGAGUCUAUCUCAUCAACCGUAUGUCUGGUUUUCUGCAGCCAGAGAAGCUUCAUGUGAUUAGGCCGAGUCCAUCGGGGUGGGUAAUCCAGGACGGUCUCCCGAUCUCCAGGUCCUGUUGCCAUGUGAAGUCCCAUUCCCAGGGGUUCUGGGGUCAGGGCAUGGACUUUGGGGUGUCCUCAGUCCAGCUACCACACCACAUCACCCUAACCAAAACCCAAGACAAAACAGACUCACCGAGGCACAUCAAAUAAACUACAUGUACAAAGGUAGUAACUCUCAAGUUAUAGUAAACAUUUCAAUACUCCUUCUAAACUUAUUCAAGUGCUCACACUUUCAACCUAAGGUUGCAAGUCUGAAAUAACUUCCAGGCCUAGUUGUUAAUCCUGAUCCUGAGCCGUGUGGCUCUGCGUCCUCUGAAACAGUUUGAGUGUCAAACACGUGAUGGGCUGGACCAGUGAUUAAACUGAACUCAGGAGUG